UAGCAACAUUCAACUAACAAGUUCCCUACAGUGCAGUGCUAGUUAAUUAAGUUUAGCCUAGCGAAGAAAGUGAAGGCCUUAUAAAAGUUGCAUUUUGUACUUAUUGUGGAUUGGAUUGCAAGCUGCAAGUCUGCAAGAGAGGCUGCUAUGGCUGUGUUUUUUGACAAACAUGUAGAGUUUCCAAGGCCAUCUGGUGGAGUGAGGAUUCAUCAUGCAGUGGAGUGGCACAGCAAGCAUGCAAUACUGGCAGUGGCCUCCAAGUGCGAGGCUACAGAUGCCGAGGGAUCAGUCAACUUCUAUAUAGAUGAGGGUGAGCUGAUUGAAGAUGCCACCAUCCAGCGUUCUGUCUCAGUGGAGUGCAUGCAAUGGCACCCAGUGAGACGUAUUGCAGUCAUUGGUUGGCAGAGUGGAGAGAUCACACUCUACAACGAUCAUGAGCAGACAUACUGUGAGCAGUCCUCCUUGCAUAGGUCACCUCUCACUGUGCUUAGAUGGAACAAGAGUGGCAGUUGCAUCAUCUCUGGAGAUAAGAGUGGCCUACUGGCGGUAUGGAAUGUGGACCCUCAAGGCAAGAUUCAUCCUGUUCCCAUACAUCAGCACCGACUGCAAUCAACCAUAGCGUACUGUGUGAUGCUCCACCCACCAACCACUCCCCCUAUCGGCAAGAGGGGCAGUGUCCUGGAUGCCUACACUUGGCAGAGGAAGGGAGCUGCUCAAAUGGCAGAGAGCAUUCAAGACCCCAUAGCGUGCUUCAUCAUUACACAAGAAGGAGCAAUGCUGUUCAUGAACCACUCUGGUGUGUGUAGUGAGAGGUCCCGUAUCAAUGGCCCAGUGCACAGCCUCCUGAUGAGGGGGGAUAUGGAGCUAAUGGCCGUGCUCACUCAUGAGAUGGGCCUCUCACAGUACUCUGUCACCUACGAUGGACAAACAUCUCAGACCAUGAAUGCAAAGCUGAGCACCCAGGCAACGUGUUUAAUCUGGGUGGGGGGUGGUGUGCUGGCCUCAUGCUCGGGGGAAGCUGCCGUGAGAUUCUGGGACUUUGAGGGAGGAGACAACUACAGUCUGGGACUAGGGGGUGGGGCUGCACCAGGGGAGGUGGUCACCUGUAUCAGCUACAACACUGAGAGAGGUGUUCUGGCCGGGGGUACUAGUGCUGGUAAUGUGGUCAUGUGGAAGUUUACAGGAGGAGACACAUCUCUCGAGGGCCCGGACCAGUGGGAGUUCCUCACAUCAUCAACAAUCGCUGCACCACCCACUCAACUACAGUGGGGCUCUGAGAAGCAGCUGUUGGUGGCCAACUGUACAAGCACUGUCCAGAUCCUCAGUGAGCAUGUCAUGAAUGCACACUACAACCAGCAGGUAUCAGUGGUCCAGGUCUCCCCCAGUGAGCUGAUGGUGGAGUGUCACAGCACAGGGCUACUACACACUGUCAAGGCAGCCAUGCAUGUGAGGGGUGUGGCUGUGAACCGUGAGGACGUGAUGGUGUGGAGUGGGCGGAAACUAGCAGUGUACGCUUUCUCCCAGGACAAGCCGACCAUCAGAGAUGCAGGUUCCUUCUCCACUGACACCCAGUGUGCAGCACUGUAUGAGCACAGUGUCUACACUAUUGAGAAGGGGGCCAUCAAUGUCAGGGCUUUCCAGGGGACGGUGAAGCAGGUGCUCUCGUUUAGUGAUGUGGAGGGUUCUCCGCUGUGUCUAGGGGUCGGAGGUCACCACAUCGUGGCAGCCACUGAUACUGGUUAUGUCAAAGCCUGGGACCUGGCUAGAAGGGAACCCAAGCUGCACUGCAGCCGACAGGUGCUGGGGGAAAGUGCUGAGUCAUCAAGAAUCACCUCUGUACAGUGCAACUGUAAUGGAUCCAAAAUCAGUAUUCUCUCCAACAGUGCUGGCUCACAGCUCCACCAGCUCACACUAUGGGAUGUAGACACUGACACUGUCAAAAUAUUCAACCCUGCCGUUCUCCUAGGCCACACCCACCCACCAGGAAACCACACCCCUCAAUACACCACCCUCCCUCCCGAGCUACCAGAGCCUACUAUCAAAGAGCAACACUCUCAAUUGAAGGCAUUGAUCAAUCAUGAUAUUGUAGACAGCCACUGGGACUCUAAUGAACCUCGGCUGUUGGUCCUAGUCACUAGAGGCAAGGCUAGUGAAGGGACCAAGAAGGGGAAACACAUACAGCCAGGUGCUGUGUUGGUAUCCUUGCUCGUAGCACAGGAUGUGGGUGUGGUCAUCAGUGAUGUACUGACGAUGGAGCCACACUGGAAAGGCCUAGUUGGAGUCAGUGUACCGUUCUUCUACAUCAACCAGAAGGGAGGUGAGAUACGGGACACUCCAUCAUUUGUGGGCCGUGUGACGAUGAGAGGAUUCUCUGGCCUGGAGGACAGUGAGGAGACUGCCCUCCACGCUAUGAUGGAGUUCACCUAUCACUCCACUAUUGGGAAUAUGGACGAGGCCUUCAGGGCAAUCAAACUCAUCAAGAGUGAGGGUGUUUGGGAGAACAUGGCGCGUAUGUGUGUCAAGACCCAGCGUCUAGACGUGGCAGCUGUGUGCCUGGGUAAUAUGGGGAGUGCUCGAGGGGCUAAGGCCGUGAGGGAAGCCAUGAAGAUACCAGAGCCAGAGGCACGACUGGCAGUGUUAGCCGUUCAAUUAGGCAUGCUGGAGGAAGCAGAAGAUCUCUACAAGAAAAGCAAGCGCUAUGACCUAUUGAACAAGUUCUACCAGGCGUGUGGUAGUUGGAAGAAGGCAGUGGAGGUGGCGGAGUUGAAUGAUCGCAUGCAUCUUAAGACCACCUAUUACAACUAUGGCAAGCAUGCAGAGGGUAUGGGAGAGCUAACAGCUGCCAUCAACUGCUAUGAAAAAUCAGGUACCCACCAAUUUGAAGUACCUCGAAUGCUAUUGGAGGAUCCACUGGAGCUGGAGAACUAUGUCAUGAAGAGCAAGGACAAGGGUAUCCGCAAGUGGUGGGCGGAGUAUCUUGAGAGUAUGGGCGAGUGGGAGCAGGCCAUGCAGUUCUAUGAGACGGCCAAGGACUACUAUAGUCUAGUGAGGCUCCUCUGCUUCAACGGGCAGGUGGAGCGAGCUAUGGAGCUGGCUGAGGAGAGUGGGUCCAAGGCAGCCUGCUAUCAUCUGGCCAGGAGGCUUAGCAUGGACACAGAAGAUCAUGAUCCUCGUAAAGCUAUUCAUUUCUACACCAAGGCCCAGUGCUAUACUCCCGCCCUCCAACUGGCCAAAGAGCUUGAACUGAACAAUGAUCUCAUGCGCCUUGCCCUGCUCAGCUCACACGAGGACAUGAUCGAUGCUGCUAGGUAUUAUGAGCGUAACCCCGAUACACUGGACAAAGCCAUCAUGUUGUAUCAUAAGGGUGGUGAGAUUUCAAAGGCCCUUGAGUUGUGUUUCCAGCAUCGUGAGUUUGAAGUGCUCAACCAGAUAGCCGAUGAUCUGAGUGAGGAUUCCAAUCCAGAGAUGACUAAAAGAGUAGCCGACUAUUUCAUUGAGAACAGUCAGUUUGACAAGGCCGUGGAGUUGCUGGUUAAGAGCAAGCAGGUCGGGGCAGUGUUGGAGCUGUGUCUCACUCAUCACAUCAAGCUGACUGAGGAGAUGGUUGAGGGGAUGACCCCACCCAAACAAGACAACGAGACCCCCCUGGAGAGUGAGAGGCGGGUGCAGCUGCUGGAGAGACUGGCUGACUGCUGUGCUGAGCAGGGGGCCUAUCAUCUGGCCACCAAGAAGUUCACUCAGGCUGGAAACAAAACUAAGGCAAUGAAGUGCCUCCUGAAGUCAGGGGAUACAGAGAAGAUAGUGUUCUUUGCUGGGGUCUCGAGACAGAAGGAGAUCUACAUAAUGGCCGCCAACUAUCUCCAGAGCCUGGACUGGCGAAGCAAUCCUGAGAUCAUAAAAAACAUCAUCAACUUCUACACCAAGGGCCGAGCCUAUGAGUCACUGGCCGGUUACUAUGAUGCUUGUGCACAGGCUGAGAUAGAUGAGUUCCAGAACUAUGGUAAGGCAGUGGGUGCUCUGAAUGAGGCUCUCAAGUGUCUCUCCAAGGCCAAGAGUAAGAACCCAGCUGCAUUGGAAGCCAAGGCUGCCUUCCUCAAGGAGAGGGUAGACCUCAUUCGGAGGUUUGCUGAGGCUAGAAGUGUGUACGAGAGUGAUCCUGAUGAGUGCAUCAAGCAGUGUCAGUCUCUGUUGGAUGAGCCUAAUCUAGACACGGCUAUUAGGAUGGGAGACGUCUUUGGGCUCAUAAUAGAACACUACGGACAAACUGGCAGCUAUCAGCAGGCCUACUCUCUGAUGGAGGAGAUGAGACAGCGUCUGCCCACUGUCAAUAUGACCUACUAUGUAGACAUUCGUACUAUCGAGGCCAUUCACUCGGGCCUGGGUAUCCCGCUGGGUCGUGGUGUGGGUGGAGGUGAUGUGGGCGGAGGGGAUGUGAGGCCUGCAGCUGGUGACGAGAGUGACGACAGUGUGGGGGAGGAAGUCGAUGAUGGAUUCUGAACAAUGAACUUAUUGUAAACUUAGUCAUCAACUUAAAUUAUUGUACACAUACACCAUGUCACAUACACCAUGUCAUUUUUAGCUUUCAUUAAUUUUUGCUCCUGA